AUGGGGACGUCAAUGGUGUUAGAAAAGGUGAUCGCUGACCACGCAAGGUUAAAGUCAGUGAAGCUGACAGAGCAGGACACUGAGAUGGACGUCCUUCGGCAGGAGCUGGAAGAGGCCAGUUUGAAAAUUCAGCAAGAGAAAGAAACUGCUGCAAUUUUUAAACAAAAGUACUUCACAGCAAUAGAAAAGGUUCACAAGCAAGGCGAGUCAGAAUCAGCGACUCGUUCACUGAAGAAGGAGUUAGCUGAGCUGGAGCGGAGGCACCAGGAGAAGGUCGGCCAGUGGGAGAUCUCCCAGGAGGCUUUUGCCCUUUUGACGGACGACCUCCAGACCAGUCAGAACAUACUGAGAGAGACUCAACAAAGAGGGGACCAUUUCAAAAACCUUGCGCGAUCCCUCCAGGAGCAGAUGGACACACUCAUCCAGCAGAAACUGGUUGUGGAGCGUGACUUCUGUCAGCAGAAUCAUUCUGAGGAGGAGUAUGUCAGUCUGUCAAGAGCCACAGAGCAGCAACACAAGUGCUGCGCUGAGCAAGUUGAACGCCUUGCAGAGUGUGAAAAGGCUCUUUUUGAGAUGAAGUCAGAGCUGGCGAGACGAAGUCAGGAGGAAGAGGAUCUGAGGCACAGACCUGCUGCGUCUCACUGUAGACGCCUCAGCAAUCGCAGCCAGCUGGGACACAAAGUAGUUACACGCUUACAACUUAAGCUGGCUGAUGCACAAAAGGUACACAUGACAAUCUUCGCGCAGGAGGAGGAGGAGGAGCAGCAGCUGAAAGAGGCCAAACAAGAGUCUGCAAGAAGGGAUGGGGACGUGGAUGCACAAAGAGGGCAAGUGCAGAGACUUCAAGAGAAGUUUCUGAAGGAAGAGGAGGAGAAGAAGAGUGCCAUCAGAGAGAACCAGCGCCUGAGCACAUAUAGCAGACAGCUAAAGAAAGAACUGGACGAGAUACGCAACAAAUACAAAGUGACAGUGGAGGAGUUGGCAGCUCGUGCAGAGGAGGCAAGGCGGAUGGAGGGGUGCCUGACUGAAGGAAAGCUAGCAGAGGAGAAAAUAAGGUCAAUGGCCAUGAGGCUGGAGAAGGAGGUAGGAGAGCUCAGAGAGAAUCUUCAGCAGGCUGUUGAUCACAAACUCAAGGCUGAGAGACAAAACAAAGAUGCACAGGAGCUGGUUGAGACUCUCCAGACUGAGCUGGAGGGGACCAGGUUGGAUAACGCAAAUCUUCGCCACAAGAGCCAAGAAGUCUUGACAAAUGUCAAACUUUGGAUCAGAGAACAAAUGGCUGCCAGCGAGAGCCUCGCUGCUCAGACAAAGGCCCAAAACAAGGUGCUGCUCAUCACCACCGGAGAGAAAGCGCAUCUUCAGGAGGCUAAUGACACGUUGAAGGUGGAGGUAAAGAGACUGAAAGGAGUGCUGGAUGAGAAGGAGAGAGACACUCAGCGAUUGAAGGCCCAGAUCCGCGACGGGGGCAUCCGGCAAGGCGGGAAAACCACUGGAAAGCGGGCUUCCAUUACUCGAAACCUCGACAAAAUCGAGGACAUGCAUUGCAAACUGCAAAGCAACCUGCAGGCCAUCAGCAUGCUAAAUCAACAAUUAAAUGUCCUCUGCAGAGAGAACGAGUGGUUGCGUAGGCAGCUUGAGGAGGAGAGGUCCAUUCGGAGACAAGUGGAACAACAGCUCUCACUUCCUCCCUCCUCCCAUCACUGCUCCCACCAUCACCCCCCCCUCUCCCUCUGUACCUGCCCUCCUCCGGGGUCCACCUCCCUUUCCUCCUUUACUUGCCAUCCGAGCAACCAGCCAGAGACGGGAGACACCAGCUCCGACUAAUCCGAGUGGAUCAAGUGUUGACAUUGAGGUGAUGAAGUGACUCCCAGGCUUCAGGUGAAGGAUUCUGGGAUAAACCAACUGAAGACUGUGUCUGCAUAUUUGGAAGGUGCUUGGUCAUGGGUGACAAGUAGGCAUCUUACCAAAUGAAGUCCACUCAAGACCUGAACGUCCCAUGCCUUUUUGUCUCUCAGGUUCAAAAGAAUACAAACAGUAUAAAGCUAAUGUCCUGCAGGUCAAAAUCAAGCUCCAAGUCUAUGCUUUUUGCCUCAGCGCAGGGGACUAGGCACGACAAAAUGUGAUUGAAUUUCAUUCUAAUGUGGCAUAAAGAUAUUUUCCCCAGAUUUAGAUUUUGCUUCAUAGAUCUGAAAAGUGUUCGUGACUUGAAUAUAUCUCAGAAUAUAGCAAAUAGGAUUAGCAGUAGGAUAGGAAAUAGUCUUACAGCAAAUAUAUAACACCAAGCGCUGAAGCAUUUCUUUUUUUUUUAUGUCUGCACUCUAAUUUCAAAGAAUAUUUUAAAUUUUCAUGGCAAAUGACCUUCACAUAGCAAGUGACUUAACGCAAAAUCUUGAAAGAGUAAAUGUGUCCAGCCCUGGAUAUGUAGUCUGGAUAAAUGAGGUGCGGCAGAUCAUCAGCAUCCACAGACAUGGCACAUAUGUCUGUGAGUGGCUGCGCCGCAGCGACGGAUCAGCUGCAGCUGUGCUCCAUGUGGCCUUCACGUGUGGAUACGUCUGUGCUUCAGUUUCUCUGGGAGAGCCUCUGACGGGGUGUGCGAUUGAGUAUAUUAGGUGUUAAAUGUUUUAGAUCUUUUUUUUAAUGUUUUCCAUAACUGUUAUUUCAUUUCAUAUUUGUUGUAUUUUUAGUGCUGUGUUGUCAUGGCAGAAAAUUAUUCACAGAUACGUUUUUUAAACUGCCUUUAUAGUUUCUCCAUUCAUAUUUCAGUCUGCCAAUAAUAUCUCAUUUCUGCCAGCUUCUACUGCAACAAUAGCUAUAAGCGUUGCAUAAUAAGGCUUUAUUAAAUUGCUUUGUCAAACAAAGAUCUAACAUAUGUAACACGUUGCACGGCCGGCAAAUCGUUACACUGAAAGCCCCAAAGUGUCAUUUUGAAUCCGACAAACUCCAAAUCUGCAUCGUAUCUUUCCAUGUACAGCUACAGGUGUUUCAAACCUUCUUCUUAAAGAAUACAAGUGGUGCACAUUCACACAAGUAAGGAUCAGGAGAAGAGGCAUGCAAAUAUUUGAAUUUUACAGAGAUGGAACUAUUAUACUGUGAUAAUGAGAAUUUUGGGGAAAGCUCGUCUCAGGACACUGUCGGCCUCUUCAUCUUGCCUUUCUCUAUCACUCUUACCCCCACUCGUCUUCUAAACCCCCUUUUUUUAAUCCUUUAUUGGUUCUGUACAUAG